AUGAAAUAUUUUCAUAUUAUUGGUUAUAUUAUUGCACUCACAAUAUCUAUUCAUUUUGUUUUUGUAUAUUUUGAUACGAGUAAUUGGGUGAGUUGGAAUUGAAAACAAAAUUCGAUUCAGAAUUUUUCAAAUUUCAGAAUUUCUAGAUUUAGAAACCUGGAAAUUAACUCCCAGACGUUGCAUAAACUUUUUUUGUUGAAAAUUUUGUUUUAAAAACUUUCACUAACCAAAAACUUUUGUUUCCAUAAAAUUCACAUUUGAAAAUUUAUUUUUGCAUAUAAAAUACUGGAUUCACAAUAUCCCGAUGACGGAAUAAUUUACGGGUUUUUUUUUCAAAAACUGGUGUUGAUAUUUGGAAAUUUGUUUUAUUUUGAAUAUAUAUUUUUUUGAAAAGACCUUUGUGCGGGGGAGCCAAAAAUUAUAAUAAUAAUGGAACGAUUUGUGUGAACAGCUUUCGAAUUAUUCAAAACAAUAUUUAUCUUUUUGCAGGUUCCAGUAAAAGAAUCGAAAUAUUUGACCGCAACAUUAUUCACAGUGAAUCAAGCUGGAUUAGGAAAUUGUCUUUUUGAAGUUGUUGCUCUUCGUGGAAUUGCUCAAACCACAAAUCGAAUAGCAUUUGUAAAUUCGAAUGAAAAAGAAUUGAUUGGGAAUUUUGAAAAACGGAUUGGAAACAGUUUUCCGGAAUUAUACAAACAAUUUGAAAUUAAAAAUGUUGAUGUAAGUUUGUUCAAGAGAAACAGUUUGUUUGCUUUCAAUUAAAAACUGACCAAUUAGUUUGUUACAACAGUAUUGAAAAAAAAUUUGUUUUUUUCAGAAAGAUGAUAUUCUGAGAGUUCCAUUUCAAGGGGAAUGUUGUAUUCAAACACAUCCACGUGGAAUUAAAAACAUAUCACAUCAAUUUAUGCAUAUUGAAGGAGCUUAUUAUCAGGUUAUCAUUUUUCAAAAACUUCGAAAAAUUUUUUUUUCAGAGCUUCAAAUAUUUCGAUCACAUUAGAGAAGAUGUUAGAGAAUGGUUGAAACCAGCUGAUAAAUAUUUUCUGAUAGCAGAUUCUUAUUUACCGAAAAAAGAGCAAAAAGACAAAUUUAAAAUAUGUACUCAUAUUCGAAGAGGUGAUUUUGCCACUGAUAAAAUGCAUGCUCCAACGAAUUCAAAUUUCACAAUACGGGCUUUAAAGUUUUUGGUGUCUGAAUGUGAGUUAGAACAAAACCAUAUUUUUUAAUAAUUAUUUUUCAGAUGAUUUUGAACAUCACAACAAUAUGAUGUUAGUGUUUUUAGGAAAUGAUGAAAAAUUUGAGAAUGAACUUCGAACACAAAUUCAAAAUAUUGAUGUACAUAAGUUUGAUACAACAAACUGAAAUGCAUCCGAGAUUUUUCAGACAAUAACCCUUCCAAAAUCAGAUCCAGAAAUCGAUUUAGCAUUUUCAAGAAAAUAUUGUGAUGUAGUUCUAAUAACAGCACCAUCUUCAACAUUUGGUUGGUGGUUGGGAUAUUUAUCAAAAACUGGAAAUGAAGUAUAUUAUGAAGAUAUUUUGGAAACUGGUGAUAAAGUUGCCUAUCAAAUGCAUCAACAAGAUUUUUAUCCAAAUAAUUGGAUAAAAUUAAAAACUUAUCGAAGAGAUGGAUCUGUUAAUAAAUUAUAA